AUGACAGUGAAACUAGUCUUUAAGACUUUUUGAACCAUGCUCUAAUGCUCAGUUGGGUAUUUCUGUUUUGAGGUGUAGAGCAUCAAACUUUUACAUAAACCCUGAUCUAGACAGUGUGCGUGUGUCACGCAGCUUUGAUGGUCUCACACUCACACCUACACGUUCCUAUUCAGCUCUCAGUGAAGGGCCGCCUUCUGUUCAGGUCGCAUAAUUAUCAUUCUUAUUACGCAGCUGUGCCCUACCCAAGUUGUCUUUUCCUGAUCAGAAACCAGAAGGAACAGAAACCUCUGUGUUUUCCAUUAGACUUGUGUGUGUUGAUACUGAUUUUCUCGCAGUCUCAGGGGAGAGAAAAUGGAGCAAUUUGAUUACGAUGACAAAAUGUUACAAGCUGUGUAUGAUGAAAUUGUGGAGCCGUGUUCGACGGAGCUCAAAGGGAAGACCGAGACCUUCCUCCAGCUAUUCGUUCACCCCAUCAUUUGUUUUGUUGGUUUCAUCGGCAACGCCCUCGUGAUCGUGACGUACGCUUUCUACAAGCGGACCAAGUCCAUGACUGACGUGUACCUGCUGAACGUGGCCAUCGCGGACAUCCUGUUUGUGGUGGCGCUGCCUUUGAUCAUCUACAGCGAGCAGUACGGAUGGUCCAUGGGGAACUUGUCUUGCAAGCUUCUGCGUGGCAUCUACAGCGUGAACCUCUACAGCGGCAUGCUGCUCCUGGCCUGCAUCAGCGGAGAUCGCUACCUUGCCAUCGUUCAGGCCCGCCGGUCCUUCCGGCUGCGUUCAAGCACUCUGCUUUACAGUCACCUGGCCUGCGCAGUCGUGUGGUUGUCAGCCUUGCUCUUGUCCCUUCCCACCUUCAUGUUUUAUGAGCGUUACCAGCCCGGUCCAUCUGAAUCCAGUCUUUUCAACAGUACAGACGGGCCGUACGUGUGCUUUUUUAAAUUUCAGUCGAACGAAACGGCACGGGUGAUGAAAACUGUGGUGCCCAGCUCUCAGGUUGCGUUGGGUUUCUUCUUGCCGCUGCUGAUUAUGGGAUUCUGUUACUCCAGCGUCAUUGUCACCCUCCUUCGGGCCAAGAACUUUCAGAGGCACAAGGCAGUGCGUGUGGUCUUCACAGUGGUCCUUGUGUUUGUGGUCUGCCAUAUGCCUUAUAAUAUUGCACUGUUGUUUUAUACCGUCAACAUGUUUCAAGAGCAGGAAUGCAGCACCGAGGAGUCCGUCGGAUUGACCAUGAUUAUAACGAGAAGCUUGGCGUACCUGCACGCUUGUCUCAAUCCGCUUCUGUACGCCUUCAUCGGGGUGAAUUUCAGAAACCACUUCCGGAAGAUCUUAAGGGACAUCUGGUGCUUGGGGAAGAACUACAUGUCGGCGAGACGGUCCUCACGGGCCACCACUGAAAUGUACAUUUCCACGCGGCGCUCUAUGGAUGGCUCGAACAAUGAAAAUGGCACUUCGUUUACCAUGUGAUUGGUUCUAAUUAAGGGCAAAGUGCCCAGCAUCGUGACUGACAGACUGAUUAGCAUCGAUCAAGAAUGGACAUUUAGUCAUCAUUUAUUCACCUUCAUGUUGAUCCAGACUUGUAUGACUUUUUCUUUUGUGUCCCACAAAAAAGAAAGAAAGAAAGGCUCACAGUUUGAGUGGGACAACAUGAGGUUGAGUAAAUGAUGAAUUAAUUGUUUAAUUAUGCUAAUUACAAACUAAAGAGGGAAAAUAGUUUGGGUUUUUUUCCAUGAUCUAUAUCUUCAGAGUGUAAAAAGUCCUCUUGUUUUUAAGAAUUUUGCAGUCAAUAGGCACUAUUUAGUACUAAUGCAAAAUGUUUUUAUUUUUCUAUAUGUUCUAUUUCCCUUUUGUAUAUAGAAUUUUUAAUGUUGCCUAAUGUACCCAGGAUAUAAACGGUGUAAGUUUUAUCCAAAUAAAUUAGGCAAGACAUUGCAGCAUGAUAACAAAUAGUAAAGAGCGACUUUUUUCAAAUGAUAUCCAGUGCUGAGAAUCAGUGCACCAUAUGAGGCAUGUCUGAGGUUUUUUUUUAUCAUUAUUAAUCACAGGUUUUAAAUAAUAUUGAAAGUCGUAUAUGUGCCGUGACCUUUGAGACGUCUUGUAUUUGACCUGGAUACGUGUUCUCGUACCCUUUUGCAUCACAGUGCUCUACAAAAAACUCCUCCAAUCACUGAAAGGACCUUUUCCUUGCCAUAGCAAUUUUUUUUUAAUUAUUAUUUUAAAUUAUUUCAAUAAACGGGACGUUUUUUCAUUAUGUGUAUGUUUCACAGAGUUAACCUAAACUAGCUGCUGCUAUAAACUUCUGCAUUAUUGGAACAAAUACAGAACAAUGUACUUCUA